GUGGCUCGCGUCGAAGGCGGCAGAACGGCGAAUCUUCUCCCAAACUUACUGAAGUCUUCGCCAAACUGUGGAUUUCCUUUUAGCUUUUGUGUUUUUCUUUUUUCAAAAAGAACACACAUUUUACCCGAUUGGACUAACACGCUGAAAAAGGAAUAACUUGUUUUUCUUUCGUCUUUUUCAUUUUAAAAGUGCAGACUGCAGCUCCUGGCCCCAUGCUCUGCCUUGUGAGUGCUGUUUGGCCUGCUGAGCCUGUAGGUGCUGGUUUGUCUGGGCUGGGCUGCAGCUGAAGCAGGGUUACAGGGACUGGUUCUGGUGGUGUCGGUGCCUUCGGUGGUGGAGGCGGGUCGUCAGAGGGCCCAGAGCCCUGGUAGCAGGCGAAAGGGCCUGUCCUGUGCCAGCCACUCGAAGAUGAACAAACUGAACUUUCACAACAACAAAACCAUGCAGGACCGCCGCUGCGUCUGUGUCUUUUUGCCCAAUGAUGACACACUCAAUGUCAUAGUCAAUGUGAAGACUCUGUGCCAGGAACUGUUGGCCCAGGUGUGUGACCUCCUGAGACUGAAGGACUGUCACCUGUUUGGACUCAGUGUUAUUCAAAAUAAUGAACACAUCUAUAUGGAGCUGGAUCAGAAGCUUUCCAAAUACUGCCCUAAAGAAUGGAAGAGAGAGGCCAGCAAGGGCAUCGACCAGUUCGGGCCGCCGAUGAUCAUUCACUUCAGGGCUCAGUAUUACGUUGAGAACGGGAGAUUGAUCAGUGACCGGGCAGCCAGGUACUAUUACUACUGGCACUUGAGGAAACAGGUGCUGCUCUCUCAGUGUAUCCAACGGGAGGAGGCCUACUUCCUCCUGGCAGCCUUCGCCCUGCAGGCUGACCUCGGCAACUUCAAACGUAACAAGCACUUUGGGAAGUACUUUGAACCAGAAGCCUACUUCCCCCCGUGGGUGAUAGCCAAGCGCGGCCGUGAGUACAUCCUGAGGCAUAUCCCCAACAUGCAUAAAGACCAGUUUGCUCUCACAGCUUCAGAGGCGCACCUCAAAUACAUAAAGGAGUGUGCUCAGCUUGAUGACGUCACCGUCCACUACUACAGGCUCUACAAGGACAAGAAGGAAGUAGAAGCUUCUCUUACAUUGGGACUGACUUUACGUGGCAUUCAAAUAUUUCAGAACGUCGGGUCUGUGAGGCAACUGUUGUACGAUUUCCCCUGGACCAACGUGGGAAAGCUGGUAUUUGUGGGGAAGAAAUUUGAAAUCCUCCCUGACGGUUUGCCUUCGGCCCGCAAGCUCAUCUACUACACCGGUUGUCCCAUUCGCUCCCGCCACCUCCUGCAGCUGCUCAGCAACAGCCACCGGCUCUACAUGAACCUGCAGCCGGUCCUCAAACAAGUCCGUCGGUUGGAGGAAAACGAAGAGAAGAAGCAGUACAGAGAGUCGUACAUCAGCGAUGCUCUCGAACUGGACAUGGAUCAUCUGGACAAACGUUCCAGGGCCAGUGGCAGCAGCGCAGGGAGCGUCUCUCAUCACAAACGUCUGUCACGCCACUCCACCACCAGCCACGGCAGCUCGCAUACAUCUGGCAUCGAGACGGACAGCUUCAGGGCCCCGGGUCAGGCCCCGCACAGGCCCCUACGAACCUGCAGCUCAUCCACAACCAGCCAUGGGAGCUCGCACACCUCCGGCAUCGAGAGCAGCGGCAAGGAGCGCACGCUAGAUGAUGACGAGAUUGAGAUGCUGGUGGACGAUCCCAAAGACUACGAGGAGCUUCAUGAGAUGGCUCUGGACCAGGAGCUGUGUAUCCACAUCACCGAGGACAUGUUGACCAUGUCGCCUGAUCAGAGCAACGGAUACUCAGGACUGAUAGUGAAAGACGUCAGCUCCUCCACCUCCAGCUCCUCUGAGACUGUCGUCAAGAUGAGAGGACAGAGCAUCGAGUCCCUGCCACAGACAUCUGCGUGCAGGAAGCCUCAGUCUUCGACCGACCGGCACAGCCAGUCUCUUGACGACGUCCGGCUCUACCAGAAGGACUGCCUGCAGUGGGCGGAGCUCUGCCAGGACACCGCCCACAGCUAUACGUUUGGCUGCGCCCAGGAGCUGAGCGACGGCGGCGGAUAUCAGAGCCUCGCCGAUCAGCGCGCCGGCAUGCUCACCGAGCAGCACCCGUUUCCCAUCAAGAGAACCAACAAGUACUUUUCCCUGGACCUGACCAGCGAAGAGGUCCCUGAGUUUGUGGUGUGACGGAGGCGGAUACAGGGUGGCCUCAGGGUGACCUGUUCCACUCCUCUGUGUCAGACAUGGAGAUGUUUCAGCCCUCAGGGAAUAAGACGAGAGGAGGGAGCGCUGGAGGUGGUUUCUAUUCUUGGCAGAGAUGGGUGAAAUGACAGCAAGUUGGCUGUCGGAGGAAUAAGACAUAAUGAACGAACAAAGAUGGAGGAUUCUGGCUGAAACUUUAACAACGAACACUGGGUUUAAGAAAACCUGUGUCUUUAAAACAUAACCUGAGCUGCUCCGCUGAGUGAAAGGAAACAAAAGGGAUCUUCUUUUAAAAAACAUUUAUAUUCAAAUCUGUCUCCUCCAGACCGGUUUCAAGAACCACAGGCCGUGUUCGCUGUAUAAUAAAGUCAUAAAAAGACUUUGAGUGCAUUCACGUGGGCUUACAGCAGAUAGACUCAUGCACAGACAUGAAGAGCAUAUCAAAGAUUCUCUCUGGAGGACGCAAAGGACAAAAUCACUCUGAGCUACGAACCAAAGAUGAGAAAUGGAAAUAAACUAAAACUAAUUCUCAGCGUGCAGCCAUGACAGAGACGUUUCAGAGUCAUGGUGGGAGGGAAGACGAACCCAUAAUCCUUCUUCGACGCCACUUCAUUUUACCUCAACAGGAAGUGCAGUGUGCCAACUCCCCGCUCUCAGACUGGACUCUUAAUCAUGUGAACACACACCCGACGUGCCUUCACCAUUCUAUGCAGGUGUCAAACCCUCGCCUUGACAAUCACACACCCUCCACACACACCUUUAAUCAUUUUUAAAAGAUCCAAGCCAUCAGAAUUCAAAGCUCUGUUUUAUUUUUAAUACACAACACUGAUCAAGCCGGAUCAAGCCAGCCGCUCAGCAUCUUAAAUGUCAGAAAGAGUCGAUUUCAGACUGUUUCAUGUCCUGUAAAAUCCCAGGAGGAAUGAGGUCGAGUAAGUCCCUACAUGUCCUGACGUGCGCUGAGUUUGUUGCCACAAAAGCUUCCCUGUAAUCUAGACUCAAAAUGGAGCCCGGGCUGGCUGUCAGCCAAAACAAACUGUACUUUUUGUUGCACACAUGUCCGUCUUCCUUUCUGCUCAGUUUUUAUUUCACUCUGUUCAGUUCCAUCUAUCAUUUUAAACUGGAAUUUGUUACAUUUUUUAUUUCGCAUCCCUCUAGUUUUACCUGAGGUCUCUUUGCACGUUGUGUUUUUUUUGUAUGAACUGUCCAGACUUGUGUAUGUUAAACCUUUGAUUUCAGUCAGUAUUACAAGCAAAUGUAUGUGACAGUAUUAAGGAAGUGUGAUAUUUGUGGCUCUAAACGAGAAAAACUGUUUCUUGUUUUCUUUUUCAUUUCUGUGGAAGCUGACAGGAUGUGUUACAAGCUCUUCUUUGUUACAAAUCAAACGGUAUGGAUGAGGACGGGAGCUGUGGACGAGAUGAUUUUACACAUUAAUCAUGCAGCCGAAAUUCAAAGUGCCACAUUACAUCUUCGUCUGAUUCAAAUUCACGCUGCCGUGCAUCACAUUUUGAGCUUCUCUGCGCUGAAACUUACUCUUGAACUCUUGUUUGAAUUAGGUGGAAAACACUGCAACACAAACUUUUACCACUGAAUUAUGUUUUGAUUUUAAAAUGAAUUAUCAAGAAGUGGAAAACAUGAUAUUUAAGGAAAAGUUGAGAUGUUGAGAAAUACACGUAUUGUUCUUCUGGUAAAUUAAACUUUAGUGAAUAUUUAUUUAACGGUUAACAAAAUGAAAUGUUCAUAAACCAUUUAUUGAGCAAUUGUAAAGGUUUGUAAAGUUCCAUCUUUUUAAUAACAAUAAUAACAAGCUUAUUUGUUUUGCACGUUUCAAAACCAAAGUGCUUCACAAUAAACACAGUAAUUAAAUAAAAAGCAAUAAAAGAAUAAAAUGAUGAUUAAUGGAUAAAACACUUGUGAAUUGAUGACUUAUAAGAAAAAGUUGUUUAAAGAUUAUUUAUCAAGCAUUUCAUCAUUUGUUUACAGUGAAAAAAACUAUUCACACAGUUUAAUUAACUAUAAAUCGAACGUUUAUGAACGAUGUCUGUUCACUAAAUAUGAAGCGACAGCCAGAAGAUGAUUAGCUUAGCAUGAGUAGCCUCAAUCUAAGGAGAGAGAAUUCCAGUGACGUCACACAUCAGCAAACUUGUUUAUAUUUAUUGUCAUUUUCCUCCAUAAAUGAAACAUUUAGAGAUAAACAGUUAAACACGAUGGUCUGACUUCUUGAUUUCAUGUACUGUGUUGCUUUGCUAGCGUCUCUCGUAUCGACCCAACAGACUGCGAGCUUUGAGCAAACAGUCAGUCCUCGUGUUAUUAUUAAUGUGAUGUGGAAGCAUCAGACAUGCAUUUUAGAUGAAUUAGAUGUGUACACUUUAAAAUGACACCAUGAGAAAAGACGAUAGUGUGUGAUGCAGUGGUUUUCUACCCUUAAAUCAACCUCAACAGACAUUUUGACUGGUUCGACCCAUCGUUCAGCAGGCGGUAACAUUAUUUUAAGGACUGUUUAUUGCCCAAGAGAUUACUGCUCUUGGUUAAGAAGUAAUUCAGCGUGCAACUCACCGUUAAAAAAACAUGGUGGCUGGUUUUUGUACAGGUCAAACAAACAUGCGACCUAGUGAUCAUCAGAGGAGCCAUGUAAGAUGUUUCCAGUCUUCAUGCUAAGCUAAGCGAACCUGCUGCCGGUGGUUGCUUCAUAUUCAUCCCACAAACACGAGACUAUUAUCAGUCUUCUCAUCUCUUUGUAGGAAUAAGUGCAUUUUCCCAACAUGUCGGACUGUUCCUUUAAAUGUGUAGCGUUCACUGUGUUGCAUGAUUUUAACGUCUUUGGAUGUCCGUCAGCAAAAAAAACAACAAAAAAACAAACAAAAUGACUCAGCUACUUUUAAUUUUCUCCAUUACUGUGUUGCCAGGUCGAGCUGCAUGAUGUGUAAUUUUGUCUCCGUGUGGCUCCGAACUCCAAACUCGCUCUUCAUCACAGUCAUUCAGGUCACUGAGUCAUUCCAGUUCAGCUUUAAGUAACUAUUAUCACUCAGACACACAGCCUCUCACAUACUGGCGACACAGCAUCUAAGCAAAAGGUUUUUAAGGAAUACAUUUGUGUGAUACAUGAAUUUGAUACUAUGUUACUGAAAAAAAAAACAACUUCUAUAUUUCUUACGGUUUAUUUCUUUCACUGUUUUAAGCUCAUGAUUAUCUCUUCUCAUUAAUGGAAAACAUCUAAGGUCAUGUUUUGAUGGAUGAUGAUGUUUCUUGUAUUAAAACAGUUUGUGUUUAAGGUACAUAGCCAUACAGUCAUAACCCACGUCCUUAAAAGUCUUCAUAAUUGUUCUAACUUCCUUCUUCUGACUUCAACAUAUGGUCGUACUUACACUGUGUAAGAGUCUGUAUGUCUGUGUCCAUAAUCCUUUCUGUGAAAGGAUCCUUCCUUCAGGAAAAAGUUAAAGAUUCUUCCUUUUUUUUUUUGUCACCCUGUAGUUAAAAAAAAAAAACUGAUUUGUUAUUAUGAAGUCUGGUCUGUGCCUUCUUGGUACUAAUGCCCUCAAUAUCCAAUAAAAAGGUACAUUUAUUUGCCAAA